AUGCGCAUUGACUCCGCGGCGCUACAUCUGGUCCCAGUCCUCCUGGGCCAGGUCGGUGCUUUACAAUUACCCUUGGUCCAAGACUCCAAUUCACAGUGGCAGAAACCAAAUGCAGGUGAUAAACCCCUAAUUAGCUCUCCGUUGCUUCAAGAGCAGGUCAAGGCGGAGAAUCUGUUGGACAGGGCCCGGCAGCUUUACAAGAUUGCGGAGCUGGGAGAAGACGAGUAUAACCACCCCACUCGCGUCAUUGGCAGUAAAGGUCACCUUGGCACGCUCGACUACAUAUACUCCACCCUUACCGACCUCGGUGAUUAUUAUACUGUCGUCAAUCAGUCCUUCCCUGCCGUGAGCGGUAAUGUCUUCGAGUCUCGCCUUGUCCUUGGUCACGAUGUUCCCAAGUCAGCUACACCAAUGGGUCUCACUCCCCCAACGAGGAAUAAGGAGCCGGUAUAUGGCUCCCUGGUUGCUGUAUCCAACCUCGGGUGUGAGGCCUCGGACUACUCGUCCAACUUGAAAGGCGCCGUUGCAUUUAUCAGUCGGGGAAGCUGUCCGUUCGGGACCAAGUCUCAAUUAGCUGGUAAAGCGGGAGCUGUUGCUGCCGUCAUCUACAACAACGAGCGGGGUGACCUAAGCGGAACUCUAGGAAACCCAACCCCCGAUCAUGUUGCUACCUUUGGUAUCUCAGACGAGGAUGCUGCCCCAGUCCUGGAGAAGUUGAAUAAAGGCGAGAAGGUGGACGCUAUCGCCUACGUUGAUGCGAUAGUAGAGACCAUCCACACCACCAAUAUCAUCGCGCAGACCACGGAUGGUGACCCGAACAAUUGUGUAAUGCUGGGUGGCCACAGUGACAGCGUGGCCGAGGGCCCGGGUAUCAAUGACGACGGGUCCGGUACUCUGACCCUUUUGGAGCUUGCCACAUUGCUCACCCAGUUCCGUGUCAACAACUGCGUGCGAUUUGCUUGGUGGGCCGCCGAGGAGGAAGGCCUUCUCGGAUCUGACUAUUACGUGUCCGUUCUCACACCGGAAGAGAACCGCAAGAUCCGCUUGUUCAUGGACUACGACAUGCUCGGCUCGCCGAACUUUGCGUACCAAGUUUACAAUGCCACUAAUGCUGUGAACCCCGAGGGAUCUGAGGAGCUUCGUGAUCUGUACACCGACUUUUACGAAGAUCAUGGGUUCAACUACACGUACAUUCCGUUUGACGGACGCAGCGACUAUGAUGCCUUCAUUCGGCAUGGUAUCCCGGGUGGUGGCAUUGCCACGGGAGCAGAGGGUAUCAAGACUGUCGAGGAAGCGGACAUGUUUGGUGGGGUUGCUGGCCAAUGGUAUGACCCGUGUUACCAUCAGAUCUGCGAUACGGUGGCCAAUGUGAACUUGACUGCGUGGGAGUGGAACACCAAGCUCGUUGCCCACUCCAUUGCGACUUACGCCAAGUCCUUUGACGGAUUCCCGGAACGGUCCGAUGAACCCAUCAGCCCUGCUGCUUUUGAGGAACCGAAGUACCAUGGCCACGCGUUGCAAUUACUUCGCGGUAAUACUACAGGGACCCAGAGCGUCCUGUGGGGAGCCCAAAUCCAGAAUGGAACAGCUGCAUCGGUGCUUAAUCUAUUGUCCAUACGACGCAGAGGCACUUUCAGUCUAAGCUAA